AUGCUGGGGACAGCGGAAAGUAAAGAAGCAAUGCCGCCGUCAUCAUUUGCCAAUUGUAGCAAUGACAACCUGAACGGCAUCAUCACAACGACCACUACCACUGCCACUAAGUCAGUCAGUCAGACUCAGGCCGAACCCAAUUAUUUGCCCAUCUCAUGUCUAGCUAGUCCUUCGACUGUCCUGUUUUCGGCCACAGGACGCCAUGGUCGACAUCACGAUGGCCAGACCGCUUCAGGAGAUGCUGCAGAUAUGAAUGAUGGCUCUGGAGGAGGGGGAACUUUUGAGGCUAUUGGCGCUGGUGUUAGUAGUAUGUCUACUACAGACGGCAACGCGCACUUUCCAGCCGGAGGUAAUGGAGUUGGUGUUGUGGUCGGAUAUUACCUUUGCGAUGAUCCUGUACCAUACAGGACUAUUUGGAUGGGUCCACCGGCCACUGGAGCCACGGUUUCCUCUUCUGAUACCAAUUCCACCUCAACUUCAACAACUAUCAGCACAACUUCCACUUCGACAUCCAAUUUGACCCCGGCCAGUCAAUCCUCCAUCUCUGCUACCAGCGGCCUCAGCACACACAACCCUCUUGAGAGUUCUCUCGUAUCAGCUGCCGCACAUAAGCACUCAACGAUCAACUCUGUAGCUGCUUUUUGUGGUGUUUCCUCAUUAUUACACACUGCUAACACCUGUUCCUCCUUUUCAUCUCUGUCAACCCCUUCAUCAUUCCCCUCAUCCAUUAAUUCUUCUACCUCGCAUUUCCCCAUUUCGGCCUAUUCACGGCCGAAUCUUUCACCAUGCAUUCCUGUCUCGGACACGUGCUCAACCCCAUCUGAAGCCGGAUCUGAGGGAAAGACAAAAAAUUCUCGUUUCAAAGCAUCAGCAAAUCAACUUGAGCCUGAAGACCUUACUGGACAGUCCAGCUCGUGCGAUGCAGCUGCUCCAGCACUCUUGCCUCCACCACAAACUUGCAAAGAUAUUACACUCGGUCAAUUCAAGCAGUUGAUCGCAAAAAAGGGCUCUUACCGAUACUUCUUCAAGAAGCCAAGCGAUGAGUUUGGUACUGGAGUUGUGCACGAGGAAAUCACGCAGGAUGACUUUGUACUCCCACUCUGGGAAGGCAAAAUUGUGGCCCGUGUCGAGAAGGCCGAUUGA